GCCCAGCUUCAGCACAAGCUGCUUGACAUUUAUGCUUUGCUCAAAUACAUUGAGAUCCUCUACCUGCUUCUUUCAUCUCCCUGCUCAAAACCUGUAUGUGCAAACCCCACCUGGAUGGGGUGCUUCACAAAGGAUACUGCCACUUGCGAAGCACUGUAUUUCAUUGGGGUGCCAGUCUGGCUCAUGCAUACCAAGGCAUACAUCUCCCCUGAUAUGAAUAUCAAGGAGCCUGUGGAAUUGACAUGCCCUGAAGACAUAGUGAAAGCUAUGUAUUCAGAAAAGGGGGUAGCUAAGCCAUUCCCAUCAAUC